AUGGCGCACCUCAUGAUCAUCGUCUUUCUCGUCGAGGCCGCGGUCAAGCUCAUCAACGCAGUCGGCGCAGCAAAGAUCAACGACCUGCUAUGGACGCUCAUCAACUACCUCCCCGUGCCGACCUCCAACGCCGCCGCCGAGCAGCGAAAACUACAGGCCGAGUAUCUCGCCGCCCGCCGAGAGAUGAACACCACAAGCAGCCAGGACGAGUUUGCAAAGUGGGCAAAGCUGAGGCGCAAGCACGACAAGCUGCUCGAGCAGCUCGAGGCAUCCAAAAAAGGACUCGACUCGGCCCGCUCCAGCUUCGACAAGGCCCUGACAGCCCUGCGCUUCCUCCUCACCCGCGCGCCGCAAUACAUCAUCCCCUUCUGGUACGCCACGCAGCCCAUGUUCUGGCUGCCGCACGGCUGGUUCCCCUACUACGCCGAGUGGAUCAUCUCCUUCCCGCGAGCGCCCUUGGGAAGCGUUAGCAUCGCCUCCUGGCAGCUCGCCUGCGCGGGCAUCCUCUCGUUGCUGAUCGACGCCUUUACCACCGUGUUUGGGCUGGCACAGGGCACGAAGCAAAAGGAGGCUCCCGUUCCAGCUUCUGGUGCGGAGAAGAGCAAGGAGGAUGCCGCCACGAGUCCUACGGACGAGAAGAAGACUUCAUAG